AUGGCUUCGUCAAGCAACGACACUCCACGUGCUAUAACAACAGAUAACAUAUUGAGCGAAGGUGGACAAAGAGAGGAUUUUUCAGUCGAAGAUGAAUAUAUUUACGAUGAUUAUGAUUUCGAACCGCUUCUAAGUUCUCAUGGAGAUACGGAAUUUUCACGGCAAUAUCAAGGACGGAAGUAUUCGCUCUUGAGGCCAAAUGGUACAGCUGACGCUAGUACGGUAAUUCCAAUUAAAUGCAGAACCAGACGAUGUGUUUGGCGAAUUUUUAUCGCUUUACUUUUGUGCGGAUUUGGUGGUCUGUGCGGCUAUCUGAUAACUGAAAAAUACGAUAAGUGCAGUUUGGCGACCAGAGACUUCAACAGUUUUCACAAGCAGUUUGUUCUUCAAACAUCCAGCAGAAAUAUAGAGCAAUUUUUGAGGUAAGUAACCGCUUAGUGCCUUCAUUUUUAGUGAUUUAAGUGAAUUAUCCCGAGUUCGCGUCAUGUUGCGUGCUAAUAAAUCAGUUCUAUGACGUGAAGUAAGGUCACGUUGCAGAAACAAGUUUACAUUCAUUCUCAAAACCCGAACAUUAGGAGUGAAAUUAAACUGAGGAACAGCGCGUUUCUUUUAUAAGUGUCAUUUAGCAACGUUGCCGGGAAGCGACGGUAAUCAACAGUCAGAGAUGGUUUUUUUAAUUUUUAAAAAUUUUUAAAAAUUUUUAAAAAUUUUAAAAAAAGGGGAGAUGUUGGGGGAGAUACAAGGGGGAAAAUUUAAAAAAUAAAAAGCAAAGUGAUUACAUUUGAGUGUUAAUAUAUAUUUGUACUACUACUACUACUACUACCACUACUACUACUACUACUAAUAAUAAUAAUAAUAAUAAUAAUAACAACAAUACGAGCAUGGUAAGAGAGCAUACAUAUCCCAGAAAACGUGGUAGAGAAUGACGAAGUCAAACUGCUGUGGGAUUUUACAAUCCAAAGUGAUGAUGAUGAUGAUGACGAUGAUAAUGAUGGUGACGAAGAUGACGAUACAAAGGGAAACAAGCCAGCAGGAAUACAAGAUUUUUGUGUACUUCUGUCACUAUCUAAGCACUGCUAA